AUCUAUCCCUCGCGUACCUUGCUGCUGCGUACCGGUAGCGCCGCAAGGUACGCGCGGGGCUUAGGAACAUGUUGCCCGUCAAACCCAUAACCGCUGCUGCAUAACCGACCGACCGACCAUGAGUCCGUCGGGCGGCGUGAGGAAGGUUAUUUUCGACACAGACGCUGGCGUCGAUGACGCACUCGCACUGGUGAGUGGGCAUCAAGCGCAUGACGUGACGCACACAGCGAGGGAGAGAUCUAUGCAUCGAAGGGCAAGUUCAGAUCUGCCUGUUUUCGUCCAUCCUUUGUCUGAUUGAUGGGUGCAGGUGUUGCUGCUGCGUGCCCCUGAUGUGGAUGUGAUCGGCAUCACCUGCUGUGCGGGCAAUGUGGAGCUGGACCAGGUGGUGGAGAACGUCCUCAAGGUCCUCGCCGUGUGCAAUGCAAACGUACCCGUCUACAGGUAGCUCUCGCCACCAGUCAGGCAGUGUCCACUCCCGCAUUCGUGAAGGUGUCUGUCUGUCUGUUCUGGUCUGCCUGCAGGGGCGCACCGCACCCGCUCCUUGGUCAGAAAAAGAGAGUCCAUGCAGGCUACUACGUGAGCCAACACAGAUAUAUAUAUAUUAUUAGAUAAUCUGCCUUGUGUGAUGGUUGGGUGCGUGUGUGAUGGAUUGGUGCGAUCGAUCAGCACGGCAGCGACGGCCGUGGCGACUCUGAGGAGGCCAGGCAGAUCGACAUCACAGCCCAGAAGCACCUGGUGUCGACAGAGAGCGCAGCCAUGGGCAUGUACAAAGUCGCCAAGGAGGCCAUGGCGGCCGGCGACAAGAUCACCCUCAUUGCCGUCGCCCCACUGACCAACCUGGCGGCCGCGCACUCCAUCGACCCCUGCUUCUCGUCGCUGCUCAAGGAAGUGGUCAUUAUGGGCGGAAACAUGGAAGGCAAGGUGAGGUCAGGGGGCAGCGACCGAUCUCAUGGAUGAUGCAUGCGUAACACGCCCAUCUUGUUCCCCUCGUGUGUCUAUUUGUCUACCAACCGAUCGUCAGGGCAACAUCACGUUAUCAGCCGAGUUCAACUUUUACUUUGAUCCCGAGGCGGCCAACAUCGUGUUGGAGGAGUUCUGCUGCCCCCUCACCCUCUACACGUGGGAGCUGUGCCUGGAGCAUCCCAUUCCCGCCACCCAGUUCUCACAGAUCGCCCACCCCGGCCACUCCCCCAUAUCGCAAUACCUUUUCUGGAUCAGCCACUACUCCGCCUACACACACCACAACGUCGACCUCGUCAAGAUGCACUCGUCGCCCGACGUGCUGGCGGCGAAAAACAACACAGGCGGUGGCACGGUGGACGGCAAUGAUGACACUGAGGGAGACAAGGCCUUUGUGACGGCCGACCCCAUGGCGGUGGCGUCGUGGAUUGAUCCGUCGAUCGUGCUAGAGCGGCACACGAGGCCGGUGAUGGUGGAGCUGGGCGGCCACUGGACGAGAGGCAUGUGCAUAGUAGACUGGGAGAAGAAGGCGGCCGAUCCCGAGGUGCUGACGCCGCCCUUCUUCAACAAGGAGGAGCACAGGCGGGGCGUGGGCAUCCCUACCAGGCUCGACACACACAAGAUCGUACAGGUAGACACACACACACACAGGCAGACAGAUAGACAGACAGACAGGUGUGUGGUUACAGUUAAUAGUAUGUGUGUCGUGUAUGUGCAUGUGUGUGUCAGAUGAUGCUGAGGGCCGCGGGCGCCCCGACGGCCGCCGAGUGAUGAUGAAAGCAGAGGCACCAGGGUGUCUGUCGUCCCGGUGGUGCUGCGCUCGCUCUGCAGUGAGUUGAUUGCCUGACCAGCGUCUGUACCGACGGAUAUCCAUCGCUGUUGGCGGACGCAUGUCCGCCUGUCUGUCACAUAGGAAAGUGCCUGCAUUGAUUGAUGUAUUAAUGGACGGACGCCGAUAUCACAUCGACACCGUAG